ACUCAGUUCCGUUUACUGUACAGUUUAGGAAUGUUAGAAUUAUGUUUUCUUACUCAGAUGUUACCUAAAGAUCUUCGGAGGUGUGAGUAAGAAAACAUAAUCCUAACAUUCCUAAACUGUACAGUAAACGGAACUGAGUGAGUUUUGAAAAUUUGAAGCACUUUGGUUGAGAAAUGAUGUUGCUAGAAGGUUUUUAUUUUAGUACGGUCACAGCGGAAAAACCAAAUUUUCUGAAAAAUUCAUCUUUUGAAGUUUGUUUAAUUCUGACAACAAAACAAACAUUGCCACGAAAUUUCACGUGUUGGAAAAUCUAUGUUUCAUGUAUUUUUAAGGCUUCCGGACUUCAGGUUUAGCCGAUAGAUAGGUUCCCGAAGGUAGCCUGUAGCGUCCGAAUCGCGAUAGAUGAAGACUUGAGACUUACGGCAGGUUGUAGAGUGACAUCUGUUGUAUAUCUACAUGUGUUUAGAGCAGUGCUUUGCUAUGGAGAUUUUUGAAAUGGCAGACUCGGACAUUUUGUUUCGAACGGUAUGUCGUGAUAAACCUUUCCGGGAGACUGGAUUUUUACAUAAGAUUAUAGCCUCAAGUGUCCUCUAUCGAAUGCUGAAAUCCGCAGGUCUGUAUCUCAUUCCUAUCAAAAGUUAUUCAAAAAAACGGUAGUAUGCCUUCUAUUUGAAACGGAUAGUAGUUGUCGUCAGUAAUUCUUACGUUUUGUAGAAAUAUCGAUCAAAUUCAUGAUGGUAUAGGCUUCAAAUUAUUUCCUCUUAUGGUAAUGACUUCCUCUUGCAUUAUUAGUACUACAUUAGCUUUUAUUAUAAAUUGGAAAUUAACAUUAGUUAUUCUAGCAGUAUUACCGUUAUUAAUAAUGGCAUGGUUAAUAUUUGUAAAAUUAACGGCAUUAAUGACAAUGAAUGAAUUAAGAUCAUAUGCAAAAUCUGGCGCAAUAGCACAAGAAAUAUUUAGUUCAAUUCGAACAGUUUUUGCUUAUAAUGGUUCAGAAUACGAACAACUACGUAUAAAAAAAGGCAUUCUAUUUGGAUGUUAUACGGGUCUUUAUACAAUGAUAAUACUAUUUACAUAUUCAAUUGGUUUUUAUUUCGGUUAUCGACUAAUCUUACAAAAUAAUGAUCAAAUGAAUAAAAACAAUUUAAUUGGAGAUAUUAGUUUCGAACUACUUAACGACAAUUUAUCUCAAACAAAUAAUGUGAUUAAAGAAAAUAUUGAUAUAGUUGGUGAUAUUGAAUUUAAUAAUGUUCAAUUUUCAUAUCCAACAAGAAAAGAUAUUAAAGUAUUGGAUAAUUUAAAUUUAGUUGUUUGUCAUGAUGAAAAAGUGGCCUUGGUCGGAUCUAUCGCUAUUGCUCGAGCACUCAUCGGUAAUCCAAAAAUAUUGUUGUUCGACGAAGCAUCAAGUGCAUUAGAUAAUCUUAAUGAAAAACGUGUACAAGAAGCUAUUGAUAGUGCAUGUAAAGGUCGCACGGCGAUUUUCAUUGCUCAUCGCUUAUCAACUAUACGAAAUGUUGAUUGUAUUAAUGUUAUUAGUAAUGGACAAAUUAUUGAACGAGCUAAUCAUAAUCAGUUAAUGUUAAACAAACAAGGUCAAUACUAUCAGAUGGUUCGCACACAAACGUUACAUGAUGAAGACAACGAGGACGAAAUAUUAAAUGUGAAGGAACCGUACGAAGAACAAAGUCCUAGCAAACAUAUUCAACGCCAUUUAAGCGAAGAAAGUCUUGAUGAUGAUAAAACUAAAUCCCCUGAAAAUCACGAACAACGUUACGCAUCGGUUUUGGAAAAUAUUGUUUAA